UCCGCACGCGCGAGGAGAGGAAAGAAGAGGGAGAGAGAGACAGAGAGAGAGAGAGAGAGAGAGAGGAGGAGAGAAGGGAAGAGAGUGAAACGAAGAGUUAGCGACUGGAGAUGAGCUGUUCUGGUCUUCCAGCUGCAGUUUUUAAAACAAAUUUGAGCAAUAUAUAUAUAUAUUUUUAACGAACUGUGAUGACGUUUUGACUGAGUUUGUGAUAUUCGAGUGGGUGAAGUCCUGCGAAGGUCUCGAGGGGUUUCUUGGACUAAACUGGUUGUCUUAUUAAAUCCCCGACUUUUAACUAAGCAUUGCAACUCGUUGCCUACUCCUUCUCACUUCUUUUAGAGGGACCGGUGCACAUAAAUGUUUGUUUGUUUGUUUUUUCAAAAACCCUCAUUUUGUCGACUCACCUGAAUUGGGAUUGCUACUUUUGAGCAGACAGAAACCUUAAAACUGGUCGUUUCGCCUUUCUGUUUCUCUCCUUUCCCUCUGGAGCUGGAUGAGCAGUAGCGGCUUGGCUGUGGCACGGGUAGGGUGAAGAGUCUGGCGCCGGGAGGAGCUGUCCGGUGCUGAAACCCAGAGACCGGACGUUAGGAAGUGUUUGCUGGGAGCUCUCCGCGUGCUGAAGACCAGCGGUUUAGAACGAGGCAAUAAUCUUUCUUUUAGAAGCAACGGAAUUUAACAAGAACGGCACGAGGGACGUUUUUAAAGGAACAGCCAUACAGGAACUGACUUAUAUUUUUAUUUUCGACCCUUUAGAACUCCACAGGUCUUCCAGUGGCAAGUUAACGGAAUGAAAACACACCGUUUUCUCCAUGAGAUCCAACAAUUACUUGCAGAGAUAGCCUGUAUUUGACAAACCACAAGAAAAAAAAUAUAAUAAAUGAUUAUUAUGUAUGGUAAAAAUGCAGAAGCACGCGAGGAGAGCUUGGUUUCUUUGAUCUUUAAAAGCCAUGUCUCCACUUUUCCAAGCUGCUUGAUGGGAGGGAGCAACUGUAGUUUUAGCGGCUGAAUUAAAAUUACAUGGUUAAAAAUCAGCUGAUCAGUGCUUGAUAGGUUGUGAGUUUAGACAGAAGCGGAAUAGAAAAGCGUUUGUUUGUCGUAUAAGUGUGUAAGAGCAAUCAUGCCUCGGUCUUUCUUAGUGAAGAAAGUCAAACUGGACGAUUAUUCGGCUGCCGAGCUGGAGAGCUCAUAUGGUCACAGCCGAAGAGAAGAGCUCAGUCUGCGAUUCCAUCAUCAUGACAAAGGUUAUGUGAGUGAUUAUCUAAGUCCAAAUCCUUACGAUGAUGUCGUUGGAAGUGACUCAUCAGUCAUCUCUAAAGUACCCUCCCCGAGCCACUCAUCGGUCAUCUAUGGCCGCAUCAACAACACAUAUUCAGGCAUCCACGGUGAUAUACAUGGUGAUUCAGACCAGCCUGACAGCCCCCGGUCUGAGGUUUCAUCAUCAGCCGGUGGAUACAUCAACGGCGAUGCAGCGGUGAGUGAGGGAUACACUGUUGAUGCGUUCUUCAUCAUGGACGGACGAUCACGAAGGAAAACCACGGGAACCCUGAGAGGAACCACCCAGAGGCACACCUGCAGUGAGUGCGGUAAAACCUAUGCCACGUCCUCCAACCUGAGCCGGCACAAGCAGACACACAGGAGCAUAGACAGCAAGAUGGCCAAGAAGUGCCCCACAUGUGGGAAAGUGUACGUCUCCAUGCCCGCCAUGGCUAUGCACCUGCUGACCCACGACCUCAAGCACAAGUGCGAUGUGUGCGGCAAAGCGUUCAGCCGGCCAUGGCUGCUGCAGGGCCACAUGCGCUCACACACGGGGGAGAAACCGUUUGGGUGUGCGCACUGUGGCAAAGCAUUUGCUGACCGGUCAAACCUGCGUGCUCACAUGCAGACACACUCAGCCUUCAAGCACUACAAGUGCAAACGGUGUAACAAGACGUUUGCACUCAAGAGUUACCUGAACAAGCACUACGAAUCAGCGUGCUUCAAGGGGGCAUUCUCCCCUCUGAGCUCCCUGGGAGAAUGACUGGGGUUGUUUUAAUUUAUUUACAUCCAAUUUUACUGGCCUCAUUCCCUACUUUAAUUUCUUUCCCCCCAAAAGCAGCAUCUGAGUGUUACAAUGAAGCAGACUUUUCUCUGCAAGAAUCAUGAGGUAUAUGACAAAAAUAGAUUGAAGGCAUCUGUUUCUAUCAAGAACCCUCCAAUCUCUCCUUUGUGUUAUCUUCCCUCAUCUGAAAGUGGAGUGAGAAGUUUUCAAUUCCUAAUUUAGACUGUCACCUGCAUCGAUAAGUUACAUCCCGUUGAGGCUUUUUUGAAAUAUCUGUGAAGAUAAAUAAAGCACAGCACAUCUAUCUCAUCAUUUUUGAAGAUACCUAGAUCUAUUUAUGUCCAUAUCUACCCUCAUCAUUCUGUUUUCUUUUUUUCCCAAUCCACGAGGAAAUGACAUUAAAGCACAACUCAUCUCCAAUCUCCAAGCAUGAAUCACAUAUCAGUUUUCUUCCAGCGAGAUUCAGUGAGCUUUCAUAUUUUAUGCUUUUCUAAAAACAAACCUUCAUAAUCUAAGGAUACAUGUGGUGUCCUGCUUUUACUGAGAUCGACCUUGGACUGAGCUUACAAAGAUAAAGCAUCAAAACAAGGAAAGCACACAGCAUUGCUUCUGUGCAAGUAAACAAGGUACUUGUAACGAAUUUUAUUUAUACAACUGGACACCUACAUUAUACACUGUCUGUAUACACGACUACUGACAUCACCAUGAAAUGAACUGUGAAGAAAAUACACACCUGUAAUAAUGUGGUAGUACAGGUAGUACACCUGCAUGGUGAGAAAUUACGUAUUUUUUAAAACCAUGGAUAUAAAACCUGUUUUCUUUACUUCUAGGUAAUAUUGGGAUAUGUGCUUACUUAACCGUAAAGUAUGAGUCAGUAUGAGUCCCAGUUCAGGAUCAGAUGGCUAAAAACUCCCACUGAGCCACCAGGGUAUUCCUUAAGAGUUUUCCUAUAACUCAAAUCUGAUGUUAUUUAUUAUUUUUGUUUAUUUGUCAGUGUUUAAUGGGGAUUGAGACAUUAAAAUGUCUUGAUUUUCCUCAAAAGGUCAAACCUUUUACCAGUGUUGUAAAAUAGUUUAGUUGCCACUAAGAAGCACAGCAUUCAUCUUCAAGGUUUUUGUAUGUUUUGUGUCUAUUUUUUAUUUAUUUAUCUAUUUAUUUACAUAUUCAUUUGUAUUGAUUUGCACUUUACUUUGUUAGGUUUUUUUGCCUUUGUUACAAAUAUGCCAAAGCAUUUGACACUUUCUAAUUAAUGAAUAUCUUUUUACUUUUGUCAGCCACUUUAAUUAUUUAAACUACUGCAUGCAAAAAAACAAAAAACAAAAAACAAAAAAAGAAAAAUAUUAACAAUAGCCUAAUAAUGGAAUCUAUGCCAAUUUUAUGACUCUUUUUUGGAUAUUUUGCCAAACCUCUUAGAUAACAGGCAAAUUGAGCAAAUUUCUGUCUUGGGCAAUAUUUCGUUGAUAUCCGAUAGAGCAAUAAUGCAUGAUAUUUUUGAAGAACGUUAGUCAUAACUGCUUGUAACACCUUGAUUUUUUCAAGUACCACUAUUCUAUGUAGUUAUGAGAAAUGAAAUUUCAGGGAGUUAGCGAAUCAAGUUAGUGUUAAAUAAUGGCGGGUUGGGUUUAGAGCUCUAAAUUUACAAGGACUGUGACGCCGCUGUGAUCGUCAGUCAGAAAGAUCAAAUUAAAGUGAGCAGGGAGUCUGUUUUCUAAACACAGCUGCUUUGGUAUGUAAUGUGCUUGAAAACUGUUGCCUCCUAGUUACAAUUUUAUAUUAGUAUCAUUAUAAUCUUAUAAGCAGUUGUAUCUGUACAAGUAUUAGCAGCUGCUGGGGCUUCCAGGGAUUCAGAGAGGUGGUUCUACUCCUUUAGAUAGAGGGCUCUGGGUCGGGACGGGAUGGGUCUUUUUGUACAUGGUUUAUGCACUGCCUGCCUCGUAUUGUUAUUCUAAAAUAUUGUAGAGAGUAGAAGGUACUGCUGUAGACCUCUGGUGCUGAAACAUGGACGAAAACACAAACCCUGAACAGUGUGGCCAUUUUUCUAGCUUUGUUUGCAUAUUGUAAUUGUUUAAUAUGUGAAACACAACAGUUGUGGUGCUGAACAGGCUUGUCUUUGAUCCUCACCAGUCCUUGAACACAGCCAGAGUUGCUCACAAUUAUUGUGCUCUCUUCUCAGUUUUUAAAAAAAAAUCCAAUCAGAAGAUCAGUUUGGCUCGAGGGCUUUACAUGAGACAUGAAAACAAAAACUCCAUUUGAAGACUCAAAGGCCCUCUCUGGUUUCAGGUUAUUUUUCUUUUCAUCAUCGCUGGCUGUUGUGAGUUGAAUGUGUCUAAUAAUUACAAUUUUUGUUGAGAAGGAAGAGGACACAUUUGGUCAAUAUUUCAGCACCAGAGUGCAUCGCCGAACACUUAGAUUCUACUAUGAACUACUGUAGCCUACUAUAGCCACAAGCUAGUUUACCUAUUCUUAUAUAAAAGCACUUCCUCGUAUGAAUUAUAUCCUACAACUUUUUCUUUCAAAGAUAGUAGCACAAUGAAAGAUUUUAGAUUCAGGUAGACGAUGCCUUGUAUGUAGAAAUAACCUCUUUCUCAUUUUUCUACUGCUAUGAUUCAAAGGUAAAAAUGACAAAACAACAAAGAUGCUGACGUAACACAGGCUGUGUUGUCCUACACCAACAAAUACUGUUAAAAAUGACACCUUCAGUAUACGCUGUCAUUUUUCUUAAUAUAUUUGUGAACGCAUCUACACCACACCUUUUUUAGAACAAAUAAAAACGUAACUAUUUUGCGGCAAGAGGCCUUGUAAAUAAGCACUGAUGUGACUUUGAAGUCUGAUUUCUACAGAUCUGUAAAGAGUGAUGAUGAUGAUUAUGAUGAUGACGAUGAUGAUGGCAAUGAUGAUGUUGAUGGGGAGAAUGAUGAAUUUUUUUGGAGCUUCCUGUUUUGUUUUGAGUUCUUCCUCUGAGGUUUUUUUGGAACCUCAAAUGGCCGGUUUGAAACAAUGUAAAGCACAAAGACAACACUGGGCAUUUUGUUUCACUUCCUAAAUAAAAAAA